AUGGUUACCUUUAGAGGAAUCGUUAAUAAAAUAAAGAUUAAAGAUUCAGAUACAGUAAAGACUGAUAAUUGGAAAUCUCCAGAUGUUAUUUGUUUACCACCAAGUAGAAGAACUUGGGGUCAUGUUGAUUUCUUAGGUUUUUGGAAUUUAAUGUCUUUAAGUAUAACUUCAUGGCAAUCAUGUUCAUCAUUAUUAGCAUUAGGUUUAAAUGUAUGGCAAUCUAUGAUUUGUAUUAUUUUAGCUAAAUUUUUAAUCUUUGGUAUUGCUUUAUCUCAUGGUUGGGGUGGUGCAGUUUGGCAUGUUGGUUAUCCAGUUUAUGGUAGAUAUACAUUUGGUAUGUUGGGUUCAUUUUUAGCUUUAAUUCAAAGAAUUGUUUUAUGUUGUGUUUGGUAUUCAGUUCAAUCAUUUACUUGUGCUCAAUUAAUUUCAACUUUAUUAUCAUCAAUUUUUCCAACUUUUAAUAGAUUACCAAAUCAUUUCCCUGAUAGUUUACCAAUGACAACAAAACAAUUUACAGGAUUUGUUAUUUUCCAUGUUGUCUCAAUUCCAUUUUUAUAUAUUAAACCAGAAAAAUUAAAUAAACCAUUUAAGUUUUUCACUAUUAUUUCAUUCUUUACAAUUUUUGGUGUUGCAAUUGGUGCAAUGGUUCAAGCUCAUGGAGGUGGUGAUUUAUUACAUUCUUCAUCAACUGCUAAACCAGGUGCUGAAUUAGGUAUGAGUUUUAUGCAUGGUAUUAAUGUUGUUAUUAAUGCAUUUGCAGUUGGUUUAGCAAAUCAACCAGAUUUUUCAAGAUUUGCAAGAAAACCAGGUAAACAAAUUUGGGGUCAAGCAUUUGCAAUUUUAAUCUUGGGUACUAUAGUUCCAUUAUUUGGUGUUUUAGGUACUUCUGCUUCUGCUAAAACUUAUGGUGAUGUUGCAGAAUUAGGUUUAUGGAAUCCACCAAAUAUUAUUGAACAAUGGUUAGGUCAUUAUAAUGCAAGAUCACGUUGUGCAGCAUUUUUUGCAUCUUUGGGAUUCUUCAUUGCAACUUUAGGUUUAAAUGUUAUUGAUAAUGGUGUUUCUGGUGGUAUUGAUCUUGUUGCAAUUGCACCAAAAUGGAUUAAUAUUAGAAGAGGUGCUUAUAUUAUUAUGAUUAUUUCAAUUGUUAUUCAACCAUGGCAAAUUAUUGCUAAAGCAUCAGUUUUCACUAAUGUUUUAGGUUCAUAUGGUUGUUUCUUUGGACCAAUGAUUGGUGUUUUCACUGCAGAUUAUUAUUUUGUUAGAAAGCAAAAAUUAAAAUUAAGUGAUUUAUAUAGAGCUGAAAAGGAUUCAAUUUAUUGGUUUUGGCAUGGUUUUAAUUGGAGAGCUUAUGUUUCAUGGAUUUGUGGAUUUGUUCCAGGUAUUGUUGGAUUCCCAUCUGUAAAUCCUGCAUUAGAAGGUAAAGUUCCAACAGGAGCAAUUAAGAUUUUUUAUAUUUCAUUUAUUGUUGGUUAUGCAAUUGCAUUUAUAGUUCAUGUUAUUAUAAAUUAUUUUGCACCACCACCAGGAAUUGGAGAAAUUGAUGAAUAUGAUAUAUAUCAUACAUUUACAAGAUCAGAAGCUGAAAAAUUAGGUGUUAUUCCUCAUGAAGAUACAGAUGAAGAUUUAACAGAAUCAUCAAUUUUACCAAAUGAUUCAACAGAAAAACAUAAUAUUCAAUCAGUUUCAAAUAAAUUGUUUAAAUUUUCAUGA